AUGGCUCCGGAUCCGGAUUUGGCCGGCGGCGAGCAGGCGGAGCCGCCUGACGACGAGGUGGACGACCCCGACGUCGACGAGGUCGACCCCACCGGCCGCUACUUCCGGUACAAGGAGGUCUUGGGAUCAGGGGCCUUCAAGACAGUCUACAAAGGCUUCGACAUGGUGGAAGGCAUCGAGGUGGCAUGGGCUAAAGUGGAGAUAAACGGUCGGACCAUGGGAUCCCCCAAGGAGCUGCAGCGGCUCAAGACGGAGAUCCAGCUGCUGCGGUCGCUCCAGCACAAGCACAUCCUCAAGCUCUACGCCUCGUGGGUCGACAACAAGAAAAGGACCGUCAAUCUCAUCACUGAGCUGUUCACGUCCGGCAACUUGAGAGAGUACCGUACUAAGCACAAGAAAGUUGAUAUGAAGGCAAUGAGGCGAUGGGCCAAACAGAUACUGACAGGGCUAGCCUAUCUGCACAACCAGAAGCCACCAAUCAUACACAGGGACUUGAAGUGUGACAACAUUUUCAUCAAUGGGAACCAUGGGAAAGUUAAGAUUGGGGACUUCGGUUUGGCAAUGGUCAUGCAGCAGAGGAAAACACAGAGUAUACAAGGCACCCUAGAAUUCAUGGCACCAGAGCUCUUUGGCGAAAACUACAAUGAGUUGGUGGAUAUAUACUCUUUUGGCAUGUGUAUGCUUGAAAUGGUGACUGGUGAGUGCCCUUACAGUGAAUGUCAGGGCUUUGUUCAGAUAUACAAAAAGAUUUCUGAAGGUGCAAAACCAGUUGCUCUCUCCAAGGUUAAAGAUGCAGAAGUAAGAAGUUUCAUAGAGAGCUGCCUAGCUUCAGCAGCUGAUAGAUUGCCAGCAAGUGAUCUCUUGAAGAGCCCUUUUCUCAUGAAAGAUGACAUCAUCAUCAAUGAUAAAAAAACCUCUAAUCCUGUGCAAGAACCAAUAGCAUUCCCGCCAAAUUUGGAUCUGGAUCUUGAAGCCACACCAAUUUUUGUAUCUUUGCUACCAAAUGGAACUGUUGAUAGCGGGAAGGGGUCUUUCAGCCUAGUGCUUCGAAGGGGUGGAUUUGUAUUGGAAGGAGAUAUGAGUGGUAGCAACCCUGUCAAGUUAUUACUAAGGAUUCCUGUCCCCAAUGGUAAAUGUAAGAACACCGAGUUCGCAUUUGACCUGGAGAAUGAUACAAGUCUUUCGGUGGCUACAGAGAUGGUGCAAGAGCUUGAACUACCUUCUUGGAGCAUGCCUGUUGUGGCGAAGCUGGUAGAUGCGUUCUUGCUCAAAACUGUUCGUGGUUGGAGGCCGUGUGUUCAGGUCGGUCAGAUGAUCCAGGCAGUGCAAAACACUGCAUCCGCGAAUGGAAAAUGCAUCUGA